AUGUCCUACAGCACCGGCAGCGCUGUCUACCAACCCCGAAACACCGGCGAAGAUUAUAUGCGAAAUAAUUUCCAUUUUGUGAGUACUGCUCGAGCCAGCUCGCCAAAUUCCAAGAUUUCGUUCAGCGGGAGUAGCGGCUCCAAGAAGUGGCUAAUCGCUGCCCUCGCUGUAAUCGGAUUUCUAUUACUCGCCGCGAUUGUCAUAAUUAUAUUAUUUGCUACUGGAGUACUCGGUGGCUCUGAUGAAACGGUGCAAACGUUGGCCCCCGGUCCAUUUACCAACGCGCCAAUCGUCGAUCGAUUUGUCAACCGGACCUUUACCUGUGAAGUGUUCAUUUUGAAACAAGCAAAUAGCUACUAUGACGAUGCGAACAGUUUUUAUACGCUACAGGCCAAGAGGAUAGCCAGUGAGGCGAUAGCUUCGGUGCUGGGUAGGACUCCGAUCGGAGGGCUUGGCCUUCGCACCGAGCUCGUUGGGCUGAGCAACAGUGGAGAAGACGUUGCCCUCCGUUUCCGCCUCCGCAUCCGCGUCCCCCAAUCCUCCGACAUUGACGCGACCGUCAUCCGGAAUACCGUACUUACCACCCGUACUCUCAAUGAGUUGAGUACCGCGAUGAACGGGGUAGCGAUCGAUACGAGCCCCGCGCGAGUGCUUGUACAAUUGUCA